AGGACUCCUUCUGGGGUGGAGGGCCGGGUUAGCGGGCUCGUGGUUCAGUUUCCAGGUCACCUUUGAGGCCCGGGAGUCGCACAAAACAGAAUAAGGGGGACACUGAGGUGCCCGGGGGACUUGACAGACGAGGGAGGGUUGCGGGUAGACGAGUGGACGGGAGUCCCGACGGAUGGAGGCACAGCGACGAGAGUGGUAAACUUAACCGAGGCUACGCACCGAUAGAGGUAACAAAGUGCCAGACGGACAUCGAGAUACGCGGGGGGGGGGGGGACAGAGGCCGACAGAGACAAACGGUUAACACGAAACAGAGAGAGGCAACUUGAGGGGUAGACGGACUGCGAGACAGAGGGGGGGGGGGGGGAAUACUGUAUCGGGACAACGGGCAGUGAGCGACAGAGCGGCAAACAAGUUAGGCGGAGAGAAAUCCAAGGUUAAGAGUAAUAACAGAGAGGGACAGGAGAAGACACACGGAGGGGAAGACGAAGGAGCAGAGAGAGGGACGGCGAGGCGAGGAGACGGCUUUAUUGGUCGGGCGGACAAUCCACCGGCGGGACGAGCGAGACGGCUACUCCACGUGGAACGGACAGGAGGAGGAGAUCUCGGGGAGCGCGAGAGGGGGGCUUGAGGGCGGUGGUUUCGUGGAGCGAUGCGGGACGGGGUGGUGCUGCGUGCGGCGCUGGGCGCCUCCGUGGUGCUCGGGCUGCUGGCGGUGGCGUUGGUGGCCGCGUGGCAGUGGGGCUGGAGGGGCGGCGUGGCGUGGGACGGAGGCGCACGGCACUUCAACUGGCACCCGCUGCUCAUGAUCCUGGGACCCGUGGUUCUCAACGGCCUCGCGAUGGUCCUCUACAGAAUCCCCUGGACACUGGGCAGCAGUAAGAUGCUGCUGAAGUGCAUACACGCGGGCCUGCAGACCUUCUCCUUCCUACUCGUCGUGGUGGCGCUCGUAGCCGUGUUCGACUUCCACAACUUCAAGAACAUUCCCAACAUGUACAGCCUCCACAGCUGGGUGGGACUCACUGCUGUUCUGCUCUUCUGUAUGCAGUGGGCUCUGGGUCUCGCCAUUUUCCUGUACCCUGGGUCGCCUGCCUCACUCAGGGCAUUUUCCAAGCCAAUCCACGCCUACCUGGGCCUAGUCAUCUACAUCGCAUUCCAGGCUACUGCACUCAUGGGGAUCACAGAGAAGCUCAUUUUUUCUCUGAAGCCUGGAAACAACACGAAGGCGUAUUCCGAACUGCCGACAGAAGGGGUGUUUGUCAACACGCUGGGCAUGCUCCUGCUGGCCCUGGGAGGCUGCGUCGUCUACAUUGUCGUACGGCCCGAGUGGCAGCGUCCACCGGAGCUGGCGGCGAGCGAGUUGGCAGGGGACGUCACCGUCUGGCCCGGUGGGGACAAUAACAGCGAGCAGGGCACCGGCAAGCGACUGCCCUUCCGCAUCGAGGAGGGCAGCCAGCGCUUCACCCUUUAGUCGGGCGCGUGAGCAAGGGGCGGUCGGUGCCGACCAUGUUGUUACGAAUCUUGAUUUGAAGCUUUCGUGACUGCAGGAAUCCAUACUCUCUGGUUCUUUCGGUAAUGUCACGUAGAUAUUAAAAAAAAACACGACGUUUCGGUCGCAACACGAGCGUCC